GGGCGCGAUGCCGGGAUGGGCCUGAUCUGGCUUCUGCUGCUCAGCUUGCUGGAACCCGGCUGGCCAGCUACGGGGCCCGGGACGCGACUGCGACGCGAUGCGGGCGGCCGUGGCGGCGUUUACGAGCACCUCGGCGGGGCGCCCCGGCGCCGCAAGCUCUACUGCGCUACCAAGUACCACCUCCAGCUGCACCCGAGCGGCCGCGUGAACGGCAGCCUUGAGAACAGCGCCUAUAGCAUCCUGGAGAUUACUGCUGUGGAGGUGGGCGUGGUGGCCAUCAAAGGGCUCUUUUCUGGGCGGUACCUGGCCAUGAACAAGAGAGGACGACUGUAUGCUUCGGAGCACUACAAUGCAGAGUGUGAGUUUGUGGAACGGAUCCACGAGCUGGGUUACAAUACAUAUGCUUCCCGCCUAUACCGCACGGGGCCCAGUGGGCCGGGGGCUCGACGGCAGCCUGGUGCCCAGAGACCUUGGUAUGUGUCUGUGAAUGGCAAGGGUCGGCCACGCAGGGGCUUCAAGACCCGCCGCACACAGAAGUCUUCUCUCUUCCUGCCCCGAGUGCUGGGUCACAAGGACCAUGAGAUGGUACGGCUGCUGCAGAGUGGCCAGCCACAAGCCCCAGGAGAGGGCAGCCAACCCAGGCAGCGGAGGCAGAAGAAGCAGAGCCCAGGUGAUCAUGGCAAAAUGGAGCAUUUGCCAACCAAGGCCACUCCAAGCGCCCAACUGGAUACAGGGGGACUGGCUAUGGCUUGAGUGGCCACUUGGAAGCCCUCUGAGACCAACCUCAGCAAGCACCCAAGAUCCACUUGGAGACCCGGCCUCCCCACCCUUGUCUGUGGGGUGGCUGCAUGGGGACCAAGAACUUGCAUGCCUUUGGGGGCUUUUAAAGAGCAAGUGCCAGCUGCUGAGGGACUUGGGUCAGAGACUCUGGAAGACUCUUCAAGAUGUGUGUGGAGUUACAUGAGAGGGAAUUCUAAUUACAGGGGUCAUCCUAACCCCGG